UGUUUAGGUCUAGAAGUGACUUCUUUUGGCUUCCAUAAAGGUAGUAUACUUAAAUGCUUGUGGGGGGUUAAUAUCUAGCAUUUGAGUAAAUACGUGGUGAGGAAUUGGAUAGCCAAAGUACGAGUGUCUUUCCCUAAUCAAAUUGAGACUUUGAUAUCAUGACAACUUGUAAGCCAUGAGGAGAUUGGCAGAGACAAGAUGUUAACUGUUAGUGUAGUGGGCAACAUUGUACACUACCUUGCUCGAGUUAAGUUAAUUACGAGAUCAUCAGUAGUACUCUAAAAAGGCUUGAACAUAAGGGAAACCAAUAUCAUAAAAUGUGAUAAUUAUAUGAUACCAAUGGUAACUUUCCUCAAUGAAGGGAGCUCUACCUUAGUGGUGGGGUUGACAUGGCACGCCGAGCAGCUCCCUGGUGGUGAGGGGCAUUCUAUGAAAACCUCUAAUUUAUAUCCUACAACUCAAGAUACCGAACCUUCAUUGGACCACACAAAAUGGCGUUACCACUUCCUUCAGGGCUCACUCCCUCCGAAGUUGCAUUUCUAUGUGAAAUGGAACUCGUCACUGUCGUUCCUCGCCAACGCCUUGAAAGCAUUGAUCUUCUAUCGGGAACGACACCGACUCUCCGGCCGCCGCACAGAAGUAACUUACCUUUAUGGCUUGCGAUACUGUUAAAGAAGCAACGGCGCGCGAAUAUCGUUCCUCCUCCUUGGCUUCAUCCCGAUUCGUUACGCGAUAUUGUACAUCACGAAACGAAGGUCGAUCCUAAAGGAUGGGCGCCGCCACCACCUCCUCCGGUGCGGGCAGAUAGUCGAGGAAAUGCGAGACGGCUAGAUCCCUUUGUCGACGACGAGGUAGUACUAUCACCGCCGUUUCUUCCGUCCUGUACAUCAGAUGCGCCUUCAGGUGCCCUGCCAUAUCACUGGUUCGAAGUCGCAGAAAUGCUUCUCGCCCACGCCUCAGACGACGUCGCCUCCUCUUCAGAAGUACGCUCGCUACUUCGAGAUCUACAAGAAGUCAGAGCAGCAAAGAUGCGAUCCAGUACCGCCCAACUCGAAGGUGGAGUCGAUGGUGUCAUGAGCCUACGAGGAGUUGGGGCUAUGGAGCUUGCAGAGAGCAGAGGAUUUGUCGUCGGUGUAGUGGAAGGUGUGAGGAAACUCGGCGCAAGCACAGAAGCAACACGGAGAGAGGAGGAGGAACAAGGUGGUGGCGAUGAGUCGGAUGAGGCGAGCGACGAAGAGAUGGGACUAUGACCCUCCAUCUAGGCUAUGAGCGAAGAAUUACGAUUUCACGAAAAGGGGUGAAGCAUACAUGGCGCAAUUAAAGGAGAACGACUUGUAAGUCGAUUAUUAUUCUAUACCAAUUCUUCCCAAAGUUCCUGUCUAACCUCUAAAUCAAAACAUAGCCCAUUAUUUUAGACUCCAUGGAAUGCUUAAAAUCGCCAUCAACUCAUACCUGCCUGCGCUGCCGCUUGAGCAAGGGCCAACCUAUGCUUAGCAAGUCGCGUAGGAUGAAUUCGAACCCUCCCGCCAGCAGGAGGCUGAAGAUGAGGUGCCAGCACCUCCCAACUUGCGCCCUGCAACAAGGCUCCCGCAAAGUCCUCGUGCAUAUCCAGUCCUGUCUCUCUCAGAUAUCUCUCAGGGUCAGCAGCAGCUUCUUGCAGAAGUUCCUCAGCCUUGAAGAACCGAGCCCAAUCCUUGUGCCAUUCACCAUGACAUUCGUGGCAUCCUCUCCCCGGGUUGUGAAAACAGGGAUGAACUUCGUAGCACUCGAAUCCUACAGAGUGAAAUUGCUCGUACCAGUCAUAAUGGCGACGAGCUCUCGGUCCGGAGCCGUGCAUACCUGGGAUUUCCCUGGAAUUGUUAGUUUGCGUUCUGAGAAUGAAUGGAUGUCUUGACUCACGGAUCGAAAGAUGGCCAGAGUAGCGGGCUGAUUUCACCUGAGGAUGACUCGUCCACAGGAGUGGCCAUCAUCGCGUAUGCGACUGGCUCGUCCCUCAAAGGACUAAGCUCAUCGGAGACAGGGGAAUCAGAGGUCCAGGCCAUAGGUUGCAAAGGCUCAGAGGCGAAGCGUGUGGUCGUGAUUGUGGUUGCUGAAGGUUCGACAACUAUGCGCGGCGACAAAGAGCGGGCUCUUUUUAUUCCUGCUGCGGAAGCAUCCUCAUCGCCGUCACACGACCGCUUACGCUUUCCCACGACACCUUUCGAGUGGGCGGGAGGAGUGUCUAGUCGUCCGAUAGACCGAGCAGAGGCUGGGAAUAAGCUUCUCAGUAGUCCGAUAAACUCAAUGCAGUCCGGGCUGCCGUCCUCGCCACCCCCAAUUUGAGCAUCAUAUCCGCUAUGGUCGAUGUACGGAACCUUGAUACCUGUAGGACGGCUCGGUCGUCUGGAACGGCCAUCGAGCCUGGGCGAGUCGAAUCCAGCAAUCCAUGUAGAACGGUUCCUGGCCCCAGACAUGUUACUCACAAUUGCCCACGCGCCUGUAUCAUCGCGUGAAUUGGCAGAAUCCCCAGCGGCCGGCCCUGAGUUGUACUCAUCGUCCGCCUCAUAUCCGCUUGGAUACUCAUGGGCGGAAGAACCAGCAGCAAUCAGAACACCUGAAGACCCAGGAGGGCCAGAGGAGCCAGAGGGGCCAGAAGGCCCAGAGGGUGGCCCUCCUGGCGCAUCGUCAUCGUCAUUGUUCCCAUCGUCUCCCUCCGAAUCUGAUGAGCUUUCAGAGCCGGAAAAUACCGUGUUGUCGUCAGAGGUUUCCCCAUAGGGUUCAUAACCACUGCUACCCCCGCUUCCACUUGAGUCAUCCUUAGAUCCAUCGCUUGGGGGGUCGCCAGAGCAGCCGUCGCCAUUGCUUUCAUACUCGUCGCUACUCGGCUGUUCGUGACCUGUAGCGAUAAGUACGUCUACCUUUAUCGUAUCAGGACUUCGAUGGUCUGGGGGUGGAGACGUUCGAGUAGGUGAACUCGGCGAAGAGAAUUCCGUGUCCAAGUUCGAGCCUGAGCCAGUGCUCGAGGAUAGGAUGGCAUUGGAUGGCCCAGCUGCCGAAGGCAUUGGGGGUUCGGGGGCUUGAUUUCCCGCUGAAGGCGAAGAAGAUGGUGAUGGGGGUCCUGAACUCGAGCUUGAGCUGGAGUGCUCAUCCUGAUCAGAAGGAAAGGCUGGAGGAGGGGAAGGAGAUGUAGAUGGUAGUGAUGAAAGCUCCGAGCUGGAGCUCGAGCUUGCAGGCUGGUUCUGGCCUGAAGCUUGAGCAGUUCGAUAAGCUGCACCAUUGCGGGUGUUAAGCUUGAUUAAUCCCCUUCUUGGAGCUGCAGGCUCAUUUUGGUCGGGGGAUGAAUGCCCUGAAUUUGAAGUAGAACUCGGGCCUGAGGUUGCGCUAGGGCUUGGAGACGGAGUGGCAAUUGCUGCAGCAGGAGUUGCAGCGGAGGAAGAUGAACUCGACGAUGCUGCUGCUGUAUUCGAACCUGAGGGCUGCCCCUGGUUCGAAGGGCCAGCAGCUGAAGGGCGUGCAGCAUAAUUAAGUUUUAUCCUGACUCUCCUUUCUCUGUUAGCCAUGUUAGCAGUGCCGCCGAGCCUCUGAACAACGUCAUUGAAUGGCAAGGGCUCAGGGUCCCUAACUAGCGAACGUCCCUGGCAAUCUCUAUCAGACUCAAGGCUCGCCAUCAGAGGGGGGGCAUUGUUAAGCCUGGAGCGGGCUCGGGUUAGUCGCAUAGCCCUUGGUUCAGGAGCAGGAGUAGGCCUAGGAUUUCGAGGUCUUGGAGCAGGUCUGGGGUUCUGGGGUCUUGGAGCUGCCUUGGCUUUGCCCUUCCCCUUUCCCUUCGGAUUCGUGUUCGGCAUUAUGAUUAUAGCUGUGAAUAGUUUCGAUAAUGGAUUGGAUGUUCGACAAAGCUCUGCUUUGCUAGUAACGUAAUGGGUUGUGAUACUAAAUGGUUGAACAUGUUUGGAACUGAG